CGUACAAAGUUGUGUCUGAAAAUUUGGUCAAAAUGGUCUACUCGAGAUUAACGGAGUUUCAGAGUUAUUUCAAAACUCAUGACAAAAUUAAGGAAUACCAGGGCCACUCGGCGAAGGUCCAUUCUGUCGGUUGGAGUUGCGACGGUUCAAGACUGGCCUCCGGCUCAUUCGACAAAGCUGUUGUCGUAUUCACUCUGGAUAGGGAAAAAUUGACCAAGGAGCAUACUUUCAGAGGGCACGGAGGUUCUGUCGACCAGCUGUGUUGGCACUCGCAGAACGCGGAUUUGCUCGCGACUGCUUCGGGUGAUAAGAGUGUUCGAGUUUGGGACGUGAGAACGCAAAAAUGUGUCUCGACAAUUAACACCAAAGGAGAAAAUAUUAAUAUCACCUGGUCUAACAAUGGAUCAACAAUUGCUGUUGGAAACAAAGAAGAUUUGAUAUCCUUUAUAGACACUCGAAUGUUUAAGAUUAGGGUUGAAAGACAGUUUAGUUUUGAAGUGAAUGAAAUAUCAUGGAAUUUAAAUACCACUUUGUUCUUUCUAACAAGUGGCCAAGGAUCCAUUCAUGUCCUUAGUUUUCCAGAGUUAAAAUCUUUACACGUGACAAAAGCUCACGCUGGAACUUGCAUCUCGAUUGAAAUGGAUCCAAAAGGUCGAUAUUUUGCCACUGGCUCUGCUGAUGCAUUGGUCUCACUUUGGGAUGUGAAAGACAUCGCUUGUGUUCGAGUAUUUACAAGGUUAGAUUGGCCUGUAAGGACAUUGAGCUUUUCCCAUGACGGAGCUCUUCUCGCAUCAGCCAGUGAGGAUUUAUUUAUUGAUGUUUCGGAAGUUGAAACAGGCCUUCACGUCACAGACAUCCCAGUCGAAGCGCCCACAUUCACUGUUGCCUGGCAUCCAAAGCAAUAUUUGCUGGCUUACGCAUGUGACGAUAAAGAAUCGUACGAUAGAAACCGAGAUACUGGAAGUUUGAAACUAUUCGGUUUCCCAUCAGAAACAAAUGCAACAUAAUGGAGUUUUAUUGUUUUCAAUUUAAUUCUAAACGAAUUAUUGAUAAUUUGUAUAUAUUUUGUACUUUUCAAUACUGAAUAUUAAU